UUUACCAAUUUUAAUGGUUAUUAACAUAGUAUUUGGACCAUUUAUUUUAUGGUCAAUAUCUGUAUACUUGGGUCAUAUUGAACCUCUACUGCCAUACGUCAGUGAUUUAGGUGUGACCCCACCGGAGGCGUCGCUAUUCUCACUUAUGAUGAAUUUCGGGGCAUUUCUUCUAAUGUUGUUUACUCUCAUUCGAUACGAAUCAAUAAAAACACAUCAAUUAUUUGAUGUCAACCCAAACGAUAAUAUUAAAAAUAGUGUCAGAAAAGUAAACAAUUGGUCACUCGUUAGUGGUAUAUGUAUGUCCAUUGGGUUCGGCAUUGUGGCCAACUUUCGUAACGCUGAAAGUCCAGUCAUACAAUUUGUCCAUAAUUUAGGUGCAGUUUUAGGUUUUCUGUCCACUGUUUGUGAUAUGGGUUUGCAAAGUAGGGCAGCUUUUAAUAUGCGUGACAGAAGCACAGGUAGAUUUCGUUGUGGACUUUGCACCAUAGCAUUAGUACUGGCGGUUGCCUACAAUGCACUGUCUAUUUGGUCAUUUCUAGUUUAUCCCGAGGCUCUUAAGGAUAAAAAUGUCAGACUUAUGUGGAACAGUAGUCAACCCGGAUAUGUACCGCAUGUCAUGUCUACAGUACUGGAGUGGAUACUUAUCUUUAUGAUAUCGCCAUAUAUUUUGACAUUUGUAUCGCUAUUUAAAAGAUACUCCAUUUCAAAGCCUAUUAUUGUUAACAAAGAUAAUACCAUUGAAUCCAUAAAAAUAGGAGAUAAUCAAAAUUAA